CCCCUAUAUAUCUUUCCUGGUAACUGAUUCUCGAGAAGAAAACAUUAUACAGAGCCCUAAAAUUUUAGGAUUAACUGAUUCGCCCUAACUUUCCCUUCCAACGUCCAAUCCGUAGGAUCUCGAUUCUGGCUCGACAAUGUCGAAUGAAUCCACCAAGAACUUUCCUUCAUCAUUUUCACCGCCACCACCACCACCACCGUCGUCGUCAGUACCUUCAUCCUCUUCUUCGAUUGAUUCGUACAUAGGAAGCUUCAUAAGUUUGACGUCAAGGUACGAGAUUCGGUACGAGGGCGUCCUUUACUCCCUUAACCCCCAAGAUUCCACCCUUGCCUUGACCAACGUGAGGUCUUAUGGAACCGAGGGGCGAAAGAAAGAUGGCCCCCAAAUUCCUCCCAGUGAUAGAGUUUAUGAAUACAUCAUGUUUCGAGGAAGUGACAUUAAGGAUUUGCAAGUGAAGUCUUCGCCACCUGCUCAAAAGGAGGAGUUGAUACAAAAUGAUCCUGCUAUUAUACAGUCACAUAGCUGGUUAAGCCCUUCAAGUUCAUCAAAACCAGUGUCAGCUGAUGGUGGAAAUUUGACACAAGUUAGUUCUUACCAGGAACCUUCGGUUUUAACCAAUGCAGCCUAUCCUGGUAUAUUGCCUUCUUUAUAUCAAUCUGGAACUCCGACCGCUCCUCUGCAAGCAACUCAAAAUGGAAAUGUGGCAUCUUUGGCCAUGCCAACUUAUUGGCCUGGCUAUAGUGGAACGUCAAGCACUAUCCCUUAUGCUUCACAACAACCUAAUCCUUUACCGCCUGUGUCUGUUACUACUCCCUCAUUGCCUGUAGCAAUGCAGAAUCUUUCACAGCCUUCUGCAGCUUCAGCAUCCAUUAACAUGGGAUUUACAUAUCCAUCAAAUAUCAAUUCCAAUUAUGUGCAUUUGAAUAGUACUCCCACUCAUAGUCCAGAACAGCAUCCCACUUCUUCCAGUAUACCUUCUUUUUUGUCUGUUAAGCCAUCUCUUCCUUCUCCUGCUUUUUUAUCUGCUAAUAGAUUAGCCGUGUCGACCUCUCUAUCAACUCGUCAAGACAUGAGUGCUAUUGAAGCUCCAAGCAUUGGUAAAGCUGGUUCUGACUCAGUACCAGGCCUGUCUUUCCAGUCCUUGCCAUAUUCUGCCUCUUCUGCUGCAGAUUCCAGAUUAAGCUCUUUGUUGGGAACACCAGCUUUGUUAACUCCAAAUCAGUUGGCACAGCCUAGGUCACCUCUGCUUCCUUCCAGACACAAUCCCUACCUUGAUCGGAAAGAUAUGGUUGCGAUGAAUCCGACCCCAAUUUUGUCAUCCUCAAUUGCUACUUCAGCAGUUCAAGCGCCAUUAUUGCCGUUGCCACACACAGCACAACAGUUCACUGAAGAAUUUGAUUUCGAAGCCAUGAAUGAGAAGUUCAAAAAGGAUGAAGUAUGGGGUUAUCUUGGAGGUGGUAGGCCAAGGGAUAAAGCAGAGGGAAUGGAGGACAAUGCAGUCAACCAAAACUUGGGGCAUGAAGGGCGUUAUGGCUCAGCACCCAAUCUCGAUCCGAAUCCUGCAUAUAAAAAGGACGAUUUCUUUGAUACGAUAUCUUGUAAUUCACUUGCCCGUGGACCAAGGAACGAUCAGAAUAGGUUCUCAGGUCGAAUGAAGCAUGAUACUGAGACUUUUGGCAAUGUCCACCAGAGACCUCAUCUGGGAUACGGAGGCUAUGGAGCUGGUGGACGGGGUGAGAAUUAUCAUGCUUCUUAUAAUAACUGGGAAAGGAGAUAUAAUUAUGGUGGAAGGGGCCGUGGUGGAAUUUGGCGCAUAUGACGUUACUUUUGUAUGUUCCUACGGUACACCAUCAGUUACGCUAUUGACCUUGUUUGUCUCUUCAAUAACCUAGUUUUUUAAGGAAUGGAUUUAGGAUCAUUAUGGUGGAAUUUUUGCAGAUUCCUGAAUUGCGGCUGGCUCAUGUUUUUUUGGCCAGUGAGCCGGUCCUCUAUCCUUGUGUAGUUGCAUUUGGAUCAGUUUAAACUCUUCCCCCACCUCUUUCUGUUUUCUAUUACGUGAAAAGUUGUGUAAGUAAACCAUAAUUGGUGCCGAUAGCAACUUUUAAAAGGCAUGAAUGGCAUUUUGCGUAAUAUUGCUGGGAAUAUGCUUUCAUUGCUGAA